GUAGAGGUGCGCAAUUAUCUGAUCUGAUCUGAUCUGAUGGGAAGAAGGCGACAAGGCUACCAUUUCUAUUAUCGUACCAUUAUGAUGAUGGCAUGUAGAAAGAUUUUUAUAUAUUAAAUAAAGACCCCAAAUUUCCCCAAACCACUUUGUCUUCUUCAAUAUUGCAACUUCAAUAGCCACUAUUUGUGUGAGAGCAUUUCAGAAUCCAGAUACAUCUUCAAUAUGAACACUGUGAAAUCGUUCUGGGUUGGAUGGGGCUCAUUGUGCGUCGCCGGUGGGACAGCAUACUAUUUCGCAAAGCAAUCGAUCAACGCAGAUAGAGCCGCGCGAUUCGAGGCAGAUCAGAAACGCAAGAGGCAGCAGGAAGCCCUGGAAUAUUCUGGCAGAACAGAUGGUUAUGCGGGGUCAGGAAGCAAUGGCGGGCCAGCAAAAUUGGACUCUGCCGGUUCUCCAAGCCAAGAAGUAUCGACAACUGAGCCUGCGCCAACAAGACAUGCACCGGCGAGCGAGGGACAGCGCGUAAGGGAAAAGAGCAAAUACGAACCGUCGGAACCAUUCAGAUCAAAGAAAGGCGAUAGGUUCAGUUAAAUUGAGCGACUUCAUCAUCGUUAGAUUAACGCAAAUCUACUCACGACAAUUUGGUUUGGUAUUGGAGUUGGCGCUGGAAACUGGGUGCUCCUAUGUAUGUGUAUACGUUAAUCUAACAAAACUCUACUCCUAUCGAAUUCUCGGAUUAUGUGAGCCCUUUGAAACUUGUUGUUCCUCUUAUACGAGUAAUUGUUGCUACAAUCGAGCACACAAUUUGUUCGCCGUAGACAAGAAAACAGAAAGAUUCAUUACCC